AUCCAUUCAUAAAUCUUUCACUCAUCAUUUCACCAAGAAAACAAUUUCUUGAAAUCAAGAAUACAUUUAUUUAUUUCUUUUUCACAAUGGCUUCCAAGAAGUUUUUCUCUACUCUUGCUCUUUUCCUUUCCCUUAACCUAAUUUUCUUCACAUUUGUUUCAAGUUGUGGCACUUGUCCUAAACCAAAACCACCCCCAAAACCAAUUAAGCCAUCAUGUCCACCACCAUAUGCACCAAAAUAUAAAACUUGCCCAAUUGAUACCUUAAAGUUAGGUGUUUGUGCAAAUGUUCUUGGAUUAGUUAAUGUUGUUGUUGGUUCACCACCAGUCACACCUUGUUGUAGUCUUAUUUCUGGACUUGCUGAUGUUGAAGCUGCCCUUUGUCUUUGUACUGCUAUUAAGGCUAAUGUUUUGGGGAUUAACCUUAAUGUUCCUAUCUCAUUGAGCUUGCUUCUUAAUGUUUGCUCCAAAAAAGUUCCCUCUGGAUUCCAAUGUCCUAAUUAGUUGAAUUGUUUGUUUUAAAAUUCAAAAUAGGUAACACCAGCACUGGCUCUACAAAGUCAGAAUCGAAUCUUUAAUUUAUGUUGACUUUCUUAAUUCAUUCGUGAAUAAUAAUUUCGAGUGUUUCCCUUUUCAUUGUUUGUAUUUUCUUGGAGAGCUUAUGAUUUUUUUUUGUGACUAAGUGUUGAUUGGUAAGUGUCUCAUUUACCAAUUGAAGUUGUUCAAGUUUAUCUUCUUGGAGAAAAAAAAUAAUCUAGUUUCUUUA